GGGCUUGUUAAGGAACACGCAGAAAAAAAGAGGGCGUGGCCCAAAGCGAGCACGUCGCAACAGUAAAGCGCGAGCCGCUGUCAUUACCGAAGCUCCACGUCCGCGCUGACACACGGUGUCAACAAGGGACCACCGACAUCACCGAGGAAUAAUCACGCGUCAUGAACGGAUUUACUUUGUGACUCGAGCGAAGCGCGAGAUCAGACCAGGAAUAACGUGCAUGUGGCGCAGGAAGAACGCCGGGUACUGAGCAUCAAAACACCGUGUGUCCUAUCAACACGCCGCAAUAUACACACAAUAUCUACACGUCCCCAAACAACAACACUUCUACUCUACAGCCACUGUUUUGUCAUGGCCCGGCCACAGCCGGACAGCAGAGUGGACAGUCGGAGCUCUGCACAGCCGCAGACCUGCAGGAUGGAGGUGUUGCGUCGGGAUCCCUGGAACGCCGGAGGCACACAGCAGUCCAGAAGAUGCAGAACUGUGGCUACUCAGACCAGCACUGUACCAGCGCCCAUUAUCUUCACACAGGACGCUGUGAGCGUGGCCAGUUCCCCCCAACAGGAAGGUCCACUCAGAGACAGCUCAGGGACAGAGCAGGAGAGGUCUUGUCCCAGCAGGAUGCAGCAGCCCUUGCCCGAUCAUCUUCCAGAGAGCAGUAGUUCCUCAGCUCAAUCAAGCCGCCGAGGCUCUGUGGCUGAAGAGGAGUCUGUGGGGGAGGAACAAGUGGUGGGCAGAGUGGCAGUCCAGCUGAGAACCAUAGGAGAUGAGAUGAAUGCUGUUUACCUUCAGAGAAGGAACGAGGGUGCGCAGCGGCAGAACUGGAAUGGCCUGUACCACGGCCUGGUUGCCUUCAUGGCCAACACCAUCAGCACCCUCUACCAGCUCAGAUAAACGGACGGGUAUUUGGCACUGGGGGAGUGCCGGCGCUCCCCAACACAGCUUCUAAUCUACUGCACUGGCUCGGGGACAUUUCUGCAGGCCCAGAAUUCACUGUGGAUUUUUUUUUUGUUGAUCUCGUUUUUUGUGUUGUUUUCUGAAUUGUAUGUGUUGUAAAUUGUUAUUUUUUCCUGUCUCUUUUGGGAGUAGUUUCAUGUAGCAAGUGACUGAAGUGUGUGGGGGCAUGUUAAGGGGAGAUCUGUGCCUCUAUAGAUCUGUGAAGCUGUGAAGCACAAUCGGGAGGAUGCUUGUUUAAUUUUUGGAAAAACAUUUUUUUUCUUUUUUGACCAACCUGAAGGCCUGGUACUCUGUCAACAAAUGUGUCAAAAAGUGAGUUUAGGUAGUAUAGAUCAUUUCUAAUUAUGAACUAAAUUGCAUUCACUUUGUUUUACUCUCAACCCUGUGUCUACACUAGCCAGAAAUUGUCAUUUACAAAAUAGAUUCGAUGUGAAACGUUAUAAAUUAUAAGCAAAUUAUCAAUUACCCAGUAAAAUAUAAACUCCCAAAAUUCAUUGAAAGAAUUUUGUGCCAUGUGCAAUUAAUUGUCUCCAAACCUCUACUUUCUUCCCCAUUCAACCAUAUUUGGAACACAAAAUAGUAAGAACAAAUAUUAAAUAAAAAUAACGUGACAUUAGGUGCAAAUUUACGCAUUAGCUCCUACUAUCAUUUAUCAGAACCUACCUGGCCUAUCCAGACCUGUAUGGACAUGUUUUACAAACUGUAAGCAACAUCAGCAUCUUUUACCUAGCUAGUGUGAAUGCAGGGUCAACACACUUCUAUGUAUGACAAGCAUUCAAAAACAAAUGCCAAAAUCCAGGUCUCCAGAAAGCACUAAUUGAAAGGAUGGGUUGUAUCUCAGGCACUGAAAUGCUGUACCUGCUCUUAGCUGCCUUACAGUGCAAUACUGCGUCACAGCACAGGGAAUAUGGCACCAAUAAAUGAGACUAUCAAAAUAAGAGAUUUUCAGGUGACAGACAGGCCUUUCAGUACCACACGCUUCCUCUUCAGCGAUCACAGUGUGGUGAAUGUGCCUUACAUCACCCUUUAAAAACCUACAUGUGCUUGAUUUAGCAGGGGCAGUCAGUGAACGGUGUUUGGGGUGGGGUGGGGUGGGGUGGGGUGGGGUGGGUGGUUGGUUGGGUAAAGGGUCAGUGCCUUUGUGCUCCCACCUGCAUGUAUACUUUGGAACACAACAUUCAACACUCAUUUCAAAGAUUGAUCACCUCCAAUGGAGGCCCUAGAAUUGAUGCCAGAAGCCUUGUGGCCCCUCCAGACCACAGGCUGUCCAAAUGGCUGGGUAGCAGUGUUAAUAUUUGUAAUGAACUUGUAUGUAAAUAUUUUUGGGAGAAAAUGGCAACAAGCAAGAGUUAAAAGGAACUGGCUGUUCUUAUCCCGGUUUAUCCUGUAUAUUUUGGUGAAACUUUAAAGUACUUAACAGUUCCUUGUUUUUGUCUGAAAGCUGUAUGUCAGAUUUAUGUUUUCCUGAACAUUUUCUGGACCAAUGCAGGGAGGUUAAUAAAUUUAAAUCCAAGAACUAUUUAAAUGUUCACAGAAGUAACUAGAUUUGGAAAUAUGAUAGCCUCGAGAUAUUAAAACAGGUUCAGUUCGUGAACAUUCCCCUUACAAAUACUAUAGAUCUUUAUCCUGUCAAAGGUUAAGGUAUUUAUUUCUCUUUUCAUUUCUAUGCCUGGUCCUUAGUGAGGAGUCAGGAUGUAACUAAUUUUUUUUAAAAAUUCUAAUCUAAAGUUAUUUUUAGUAAUUGUUUAGGAAGAUUUUUAUGCCCUGUAAGCAAGGCUUGUAAAGAUCAACUAGAUUGAAUGAGCGUGGACAUACAGAUUAGUUCUCUGUGAAUCAUACUGUGUGUAUUUGUAUUUAUCAACAAUUUUUUUUUUUUUGUAACAACACCCCACAACAAAACUACAAAGAAUUAAGAAGCAAAGCAUGCUAAAUGUAUUUGCUCUGUAAUUUAAUUAAUGGUCAUGAUUUUUGCUGCAAUAACAUUAUGGAAGAAACUGAGCCAGACUUUUUUUUUACUUGAAGACACAAGUUUCAAUAUGUAGGUUCGUUGUCUUUGAAUAAUGAACCUCUGGGGCCUUCCACUAGAUUGCUUGCAUGUUGCCAUUGCUCUAAUAAAGAGUUCAUAGGCGUGUAUCUAACCAACCACAUAUGCGAUGUCUGUGGGUGUACCAUGUGAAAACCUUGCUAGCACUCUCUUUUUUGGUCCUCUUUAUUCACGUGGGUACUGUACUGUAUUCCUGAGCAUACCGAGUACCAGUAAUCUCGUGACUGCCUGUCUUAUGAUUUCCUGUGUAAAGCAGUGGUGUAAACCACUUCCUGUGGACAGUGUGUGGCUUCUUGUGGAUAGGUGUAUUCUCUGAUGCACACUCUCCCUGAGGGAAAGGCCUUAAGUGUGAACUGUGAACAUCACACUGUGCUCAAGCUCAUGUCAAUCUCAUUUUCUAGCCUUGUAUAUUUGCUGUUUGGAAUUUUUUCUAUCAAUUUUCUAUAUGACUUUUGGUAUGUUUUUCCCCCUUUGACUUUUUAAAAUAAAGAGAAAUAUGAUAAUA